AUGAAGUUAACAACUACGAUAUUUAUAAUAGUUGUUGCUUUAGCGCUAUUUAGUGACACUGUAUCACCACAGGGUAUAUCUCAUUAUAGUCAAAGUGGUGGAGGUAAGCCAGGUCAAGUAUCAAACUAUAUCAACGAAAUCAAUGUUGGUGGUGCUCUGAGCAGCACAGGAAAGAGUCGUUAUGACUGGAGUUGGUGUAGACUAUGGAUAUAUGAUGCAGUGUCACAGUACAAAGCAUAUGCUGACUUUCAUCCACGUGUCGAUGAAUUCACUUCUCUAAGAAUCGAAAAUUCAAAUACAUCUAUCAUUUUUAACCAAAAUGUAACUAUUUGGUUGGAUUUCCCAGGAACUAAAAAUGUAACAACCUUUAUUUACGAUAGAGUUACUUGUGAUAAUACUUCGGCAGCUAAUCCAGAAGGUUGCAAAGUAGAUCCUCCACCAGAGUUUAUACUCACAGAAAAGAAUUAUACUGUCACCCAAAACUUGACUCUCCCACCAAAGCGUGUCUACGAUCCAGACAAUAAUGCAAUUGUAAACUACUUUACCGCCAUUGUACAGCUAGACAAUGGAAAUAUUAUCGAUGCUGCAUGGGAUGGUGAUAGAGACACUGGUAUUUGCAAUGAUUGUGAAAAGUGUAUCGAUGGUCAAUGUGCAGUCUCGCCAAACACAAUGAAAUGUGAUGAAACAGGAUGUAAUCUCAAGAUUUUCCUUGCUUGGGCUGGUGUGGACAAACAAAAGAAACCAUGCAUUAGUAUAAGCAAGAUUCCAUCUGCCUUUAGAAAGUACAGUUUCACUCCAAUCUCACAACUCGGAAUGGGUCUUGUUGGAGACUUUUUGGAAAGAGUCAUAGGAAAUACAAACAAUCCAAAUACUGCCUAA